AUGUCAUACAAAUCCAAUCUGACCAACCACAAUCCGGACAAAUAUCAGACCAACGCCUCGUUCGUCUACUCCGCUAAGAACUCUUCGCCCGUCUUGGAGUUACUUGAUGCUCAGCCAGGGGAGAAGAUCAUUGAUCUAGGAUGCGGGACGGGUCAAUUGACUAUUCAAAUUAAAUCGAUAGUGGGUGAAGCAGGUGAGGUGGUAGGUGUAGAUAGUAAUGAGGGGAUGUUACAAUCAGCCAAAUCAUCUUCACCUCAAUCGAUAACCUACCUUCAAGCCGAUAUUCAGAACUUCCAAUCUUUCCAGACUUCAUAUCCUGACUAUAAAGGGAAGUUCGAUAAAGUAUUUACUUCAGCGACUUUACAUUGGUGUAAAUCUUCACCUGAAGGUGUAUGCGAUUUGGUCAAUUGGUUAUUGAAAGAUGGAGGAAAGUUCGUUUUCGAAUUUGGUGGAUUUGGAAAUGUAGUCGGUAUAAGAUCCGCAUUACAUCAAUCCCUCAAAUCCAUCAAUGUUGAUCCGAUCCCACUCGAUCCAUGGUAUUUCCCCACUGUAGGACAAUACGAGAAAGUACUACGUUCCUCCUCUCUCACUCCCCGAUCCGUCAACCUCGUCCCACGUCCUACACCUCUCCCUACAGAUCUUAGAGGAUGGCUCGAGACUUUCGCUCGUAACUCAUUUUUAUCGUCUCUUACAGACGAACAAGCAAAUCAAGUGUUGGACGAUGUAGUGGAAAGAUGUAGGGUGGAUAAUUAUUGGUCAGAUAAUAAUCCCGGGAUUGGAGUACAGCCAACUUCGAGAGAAGUAGAGGGAGGGGAAGGGUGGGAAAUCAUGUAUGUCAGACUAAGAGGGUGGGCUACCAAGUCUCAGUAG